UAAAUAAAAUCGCCAGCAUAAAAUAUUUUUAAUAUUGUGAACAAAUUGCUGUGUCUGCCCAGGUUCAUGUGCAUUUAAGAGGCGGAGCUUGGUGAGGUGCCUCAUGCCUAGUUUGUGUGAGUGUUUGGGCGUGAGCCGUGGCUGACAGCAGUUUCUGCUCAAGUGUGCUCAUUACGUUUCUCCCGGUGUCCAAUAAAUGGCCGAAAAGUAACAACUGCCGACUAUGGCUCUCCUUUUCCACCUAAUAAGAGCAUACAACAAAUGCGUUUACUGUAAAACCCCUUACAAAUCUCCUGUGUUGGAUCUCUGUCAACAUCCAUGGACUAAUCGGUGUGUGCCUCCCGUGCAGGCGUACCUGAUCUAUUCCAGCAGCGUGGCGGCGGGGGCCCAGAGCGGCAUCGAAGAGUGCAAGUACCAGUUUGGAUGGGACCGCUGGAACUGCCCUGAGAGAGCCCUGCAGUUGUCCACGCACAGCAGCUUGCGCAGCGCCAAUCGGGAGACAGCGUUCGUGCACGCCAUCAGCUCAGCUGGUGUCAUGUACACACUGACCAGGAACUGCAGUCUGGGCGAUUUCGACAACUGCGGCUGCGACGACAGCCGGAACGGGCAACGAGGUGGCCACGGUUGGCUGUGGGGCGGCUGCAGCGACAAUGUCGGCUUCGGCGAGGUCAUCGCCAAGCAGUUUGUCGACGCUUUGGAGACCGGGCAAGACGCCCGAGCGGCUAUGAAUCUGCACAACAACGAAGCUGGCAGGAAGGCGGUCAAGGGGACCAUGCAGAAGAUGUGCAAGUGCCACGGGGUGUCGGGGAGCUGCACCACGCAGACUUGCUGGCUGCAGCUGCCCGAGUUCAGGGAGGUGGGCAACUACCUGAAGGAGAAGUACCACCGAGCUCUCAAAGUCGACCUCCUCCGCGGGGCCGGCAACAGCGCGGCCAACCGGGGGGCGGUGGCCGAGUCCUUCAGCUCCAUCUCUCGCAAGGAGCUGGUCCACCUGGAAGACUCGCCCGACUACUGCUUGGAGAACCGCACGUUGGGUCUGCCGGGCACGGAGGGUCGCGAGUGCCUGAAGAAGGGGAAGAACUUGAGCAAGUGGGAGAAGCGCAGCUGCAGGAGGCUGUGCGGCGAAUGCGGCCUGGCCGUGGAGGAGCGCAAGGCCGAGACGGUGUCCAGCUGCAACUGUAAGUUCCACUGGUGCUGCGCGGUCAAGUGCGAACAGUGCAGGAAGACGGUGACCAAAUUCUUCUGCGUGAAGAAAGGAGGCGCUAGGGGGAGGAACGAGAGCGCGGGCGGACGGCGUAAGACCCUCAAGUCCGGCAAGAAGCACUGAGCCUCCCCUUUGGAAUACUUUGGGUCAGAUUUGGGAGGGGGGGGGGGGGGGUUUAACAUUUCCAGAAACGAAAAAAGACAAUCUCAAGCCAAUUGCUUGAAAUGUAUUCCAAAAACUCCUCCGCCUCUCCCCGAGAUUUUCCAUCCAUCCAUCCAUUUUCCGCUCCGCAUUGUCCUCCCAAGGGUCGCGGGGGGUGCUGGAGUCCAUCCCAGCCGUCUUCGGGCUGUAGGCGAAGGGACACCCUGAACCGGUUGCCAGCCAAUCGCAGGGCACACAGAGACGAAUAACCAUUCGCGCUCACACUCACACCUCGGAACAAUUUUUAGUCUUCAAUCAGGCUGCCGUGCAUGUUUUUGGAAUGUAGGGAGGAAACCGGAGUACCCGGAGAAAACCCACCCAGGCCCAGGGAGAACAACAACUGGAAUU